AAGCUCCACCUCUGGCUGCGUCUUCUAAUCGUGUUCUUCCGGCUGGAACCUCCUCUUCUCCUUUCCUCCUCCGUCGUGCGGUGUGCUCCUGCCUUGGCUCUCACCAUGUCUUCUCACAAGACUUUCAGAAUCAAGCGAUUCCUGGCCAAGAAACAAAAGCAAAAUCGUCCUAUUCCUCAGUGGAUUCGGAUGAAAACUGGUAACAAAAUAAGGUACAACUCCAAGAGAAGACACUGGAGGAGAACAAAGCUGGGUCUGUAAGGAUUCACGAAAUGGCAAGACAGUUUAUACUGAUGUGGAUCAUCAAGCAAUCCUACCACGUGGAUGGAGUUCAACAUUUUAACCUGAAGACUGGGUCGUGUUUUAAGUUGGGGGAGUAGUUUGUCCAGUAAUAAAAUGUAGAACCUUCCAAA